AAUGUUAUAACUGAAAUGAUGUUACUGGAGGCCCUGCUCUACUUAACUUCCCCAAGAACCCUAAAAGUCUCAAUCCCAAUACAUCACUGGCUCAUAAUGGAUCUUGCCAUGUAAAUCAGGUCCAGAUGUAGAUGAGGUUCCUCAGAUAUAAUUCCUUAAGAACAGCUCUGAGCACUGUUCCUCUGAAGGCCUGUGAGCUAGAGACGUUAUCUGCUGUCCACGUACCCAGCAUACAGAGUUGGCAAGCAGAAGAUAAGCAUAGUAGACACUUUUGUUCAAAAGGGGAAAAAACAGGAGCGACAGCUGCCACUGGGUCAUAGUAAUUCUGAAAUCCAGCAAGGCACGUGAUGCCAGUUCCUUGAUUCAAGUCCCCUCCUGCUCCUUGGGAAUGAUUAUCUGCAGCUCCUGGCUCUAUCCUCUUGGCUCAUGGGUUUCUUCUAAGUUGUCCUUUCUUUCCCAUAGGAAAUAGUCCAUGUUUGCAUCUGAAUAGCCUUCUCAGAAGGCUUCUUAGAAGGCUGGGGCCCACAUGUCCCAUUUUAUUUUUGUGCUUUGCCUUUUCUGGUAUAAUUGUCCCUUGCUAUUUGUGGUGGAUUGGUUCUAGGUCUGAGAUGCUCAAAUCCUGCAGUCAGCCCUGCCAAACGUGGGGAUGAGGACUACUGCAUUCCCAGUUGCUACUUUAUCUUCAAACGUAGCAUUUUGAUUGGCUGCCGAACGGGGUGGAAUUAUCAUAACUCUUGGCCUUUGAAACUAUUUUCAGUUUUCAUUCCCCUGAAUACUCUGUAAAUUGUACACAUUGAGCACCUACUGUACCCCAGCACUGUUUCAAGAAUCAGGGAUAUCGCAGUGAAUGAGACAGACAAAGAUAUCUGCCUUGUGGAGCUGCCAUUCUAGUGGGGAAGACAGACAAUAUGCAAAUAAGUGAGUAGUAUAAGAGGAAAAACUUUGGGAGGCUGAGUCGGGAGGAUUACUUGACACCAGGAGUUCAAGACCACCUGGGUAACAUAGUGAAAACUUCUCUUAACAAAAAAAAAAAAAAAAAAAAAAUUAGCCAGCCAUAGUGGUGCAUGCCUGUGGUCUCAGCUACUCAGGAGGCUGAGACAGGAGGAUCACUUGAGCCCAGAACUUCAAGGCUGCAGUAAGCCCUGAUUAUGCCACUGCACUCCAGCAUGGGCAACAGAGCAAGACCUUGUCUCAAAAAAAAAAAAAAAAAAAAAAAAGAAAAAAGAAAAAACAGGAGAAAAGCAGUAGGGAGAUGUCAAUUUUUGUGUUUGUAUUGUGGUGACAGACAGAGGGACUUCAGUUUUAAAUAGGGAAGGCUAUUUCACUGAAAAGGUUACUUUAAAGUCAAGACCAGAGGAAAGUGAGGAAGUGGCCAAGCAGAUACCUGGAGGAAGAGCUUUCCAGGUAGAGAGAAGCACAACUGCAGAGGUCUGAUGUAGAUGUGUGCCUUCUCUUUUCUUUUUUGUUUAUCUUCUGGAAGAGACAGUCUUUUUAUGUUGCCCAAGCUGGUCUUGAACUCCUGGGCACAUGCAAAGUGAAAGCAGAGAAAGAGUAGACUUACCCCAGAGGCGGAUGGUUCUGCAGUGUGCAAGGCCAUUUCAGAGUACACAUAGAGGAAACAGGAGAAUAGGUGGUGAGGGUUUUGGGGAAAGAGCCGAUUUUGGUUGAAAAAGUAGGGGAAACCCCAGACAUUGUACCAUCUCAGGGUUAAGACUGUUUGCCUAGCUUUUGAGAUUUUUUUUUUUCUUCCCCCAGACCCCUCAACUCCUGAGAUCUUAUCGGGAAGCUGCUGAUCACCAGUUUUAGGUGUUUUUAUCUAUUGGGAGACUGCCUUUCUCUGGUCUGGCUGCAACCAAUUAUUAUUUUAGAGAGACAGCUUAACCUGACCACCACGUCAUGGUUGCCUCACAUUGCUCGUGGGGGAGUGGCCCCUCUCCUGCCCUGCUCAGGUCUGACUACUUACUUACUGUAACAAUUGCAAGGUUUUUGGAUGGAACAAUUGAAAGAAUGGAGCUUGCAUGAACCAAAAUAAGAAAAGACUAUGAGAGGGCAUUGUUGAAGAUGGAGACAAAAGUUCUGAGUGGAUCCUGUUGUGUUCAGAUGGGGCUGGUGCUUGGGAGGCUGCUCUGUGCUUGCAAGAAGAGUUCUACCAGUCCAUCUUUAUCACAUCUUCUCUAAUAUUAAGUUCAGAGAGGCUUUAGCUCAUUUUCCAUUUUCUUGGGCUGUCUUCUCUGCCAGACAAAGUGUCUAUUUCUCCUGUCUCUAUCACCGAGCCACACAAUUGCUGUAGUCAUUUGCAGUCUACUAGAACGAUAACACACAUUGGCAUCAGACAGAUCUUGGUUCAAAACCCCUCUCCACCAGUUUCUGUGUUGAGCUAGACCAAGUGACAUGAUAUACUGAGUCUCAGUUCCUUAUUUGUAAAAUGGUGAUAAUAAUUUUUGGUUAAGUAGUUAAAGUAAGGAUAAAUGAUGCCUUUCGAAGGACACAAGUGGAAUGGCCAGUUUACCCCUUGUCCCCUCUUCGGUGGCAUUAUUUAUUCUGGAGUAAGGAGGGAUGGCUGAGGGAAUCUGUCUGUGGGUCCAACAUGGCGCCGUCCUGCUCCUUGUAUGAGCCUCAAAGAUGGGGUCAACCAUUUGGGGGCAGACAUGUUUGUAGCACGUGAUCCAGGCUCAGUCCCGAGGCAGCCGGAACGUGACGCAAGGUUGAGGCGGGGCUCCUCCCCCGCACCCUGGCGUCGAGCGUCUCGUGACAGGUACUUCCGCUCGGGGCGGCGGCGGUGGCGGAAGUGGGAGCGGGCCUGGAGUCUUGGCCAUAAAGCCUGAGGCGGUGGCAGCGGCGGAGUUGGCGUCUUGAAGAGCUCAGGAGAGUUCCCUGGAACCAGAACUUGGACCUCUUCGCUUCUGUCUUCCGUUUAGUCUCCUCCUCGGCGGGAGCCCUCGCGACGCGCCCGGCCCGGAGCCCCCAGCGCAGCGGCCGCGUUUGAAGGAUGACCUCUAGGAAGAAAGUGUUGCUGAAGGUUAUCAUCCUGGGAGAUUCUGGAGUCGGGAAGACAUCACUCAUGAACCAGUAUGUGAAUAAGAAAUUCAGCAAUCAGUACAAAGCCACAAUAGGAGCUGACUUUCUGACAAAGGAGGUGAUGGUGGAUGACAGGCUAGUCACAAUGCAGAUAUGGGACACAGCAGGACAGGAACGGUUCCAGUCUCUCGGUGUGGCCUUCUACAGAGGUGCAGACUGCUGCGUUCUGGUAUUUGAUGUGACUGCCCCCAACACAUUCAAAACCCUAGAUAGCUGGAGAGAUGAGUUUCUCAUCCAGGCCAGUCCCCGAGAUCCUGAAAACUUCCCCUUUGUUGUGUUGGGAAACAAGAUUGACCUCGAAAACAGACAAGUGGCCACAAAGCGGGCACAGGCCUGGUGCUACAGCAAAAACAACAUUCCCUACUUUGAGACCAGUGCCAAGGAGGCCAUCAACGUGGAGCAGGCGUUCCAGACGAUUGCACGGAAUGCACUUAAGCAGGAAACGGAGGUGGAGCUGUACAACGAAUUUCCUGAACCUAUCAAACUGGACAAGAAUGACCGGGCCAAGGCCUCGGCAGAAAGCUGCAGUUGCUGAGGGGGCAUUGAGAGUUGAGCACAGAGUCCUUCACAAACCAAGAACACACGUAGGCCUUCAACACAAUUCCCCUCUCCUCUUCCAAACAAAACAUACAUUGAUCUCUCACAUCCAGCUGCCAAAAGAAAACCCCAUCAAACACAGUUACACCCCACGUAUCACACACACACACACACACACACACACACACACACACACACACACAGAUCUGACGUAAUCAAACUCCAGCUCUUGCCCGUGAUGGCUCCUUGGGGUCUGCCUGCCCACCCACAUGAGCCCGCGAGUAUGGCAGCAGGACAAGCCAGCGGUGGAAGUCAUUCUGAUAUGGAGUUGGCAUUGGAAGCUUAUUUUUUUUGUUCACUGGAGAGAGAGAGAACUGUUUACAGUUAAUCUGUGUCUAAUUAUCUGAUUUUUUUUAAUGGUCUUGUGGUCUUUUUACCCCCCCUUUCCCCUCCCUCCUUGAAGGCUACCCCUUGGGAAGGCUGGUGCCCCAUGCCCCAUUACAGGCUCACACCCAGUCUGAUCAGGCUGAGUUUUGUAUGUAUCUAUCUGUUAAUGCUUGUUACUUUUAACUAAUCAGAUCUUUUUACAGUAUCCAUUUAUUAUGUAAUGCUUCUUAGAAAAGAAUCUUAUAGUACAUGUUAAUAUAUGCAACCAAUUAAAAUGUAUAAAUUAGUGUAAGAAAUUCUUGGAUUAUGUGUUUAAGUCCUGUAAUGCAGGCAUGUAAGAUGGAGGGUUGAACCCUGUUUGGAUUGCAGAGUGUUACUCAGAAUUGGGAAAUCCAGCUAGCGGCAGUAUUCUGUACAGUAGACACAAGAAUUAUGUACGCCUUUUAUCAAAGACUUAAGAGCCAAAAAGCUUUUCAUCUCUCCAGGGGGAAAACUGUCUAGUUCCCUUCUGUGUCUAAAUUUUCCAAAAGGUUGAUUUGCAUAAUACAGUGGUAUGUGCAAUGGAUAAAUUGCCGUUAUUUCAAAAAUUAAAAUUCUCAUUUUCUUUCUUUUUUUCCCCUCUGCUCCACACUUCAAAACUCCCCUGUUAGAUCAGCAUCCUACUACAAGAGUGAAAGGAAAACCCUAACAGAUCUGUCCUAGUGAUUUUACCUUUGUUCUAGAAGGCACUCCUUUCAGGUGGUAUCCUUAGGUUAGCGGAGCUUUUUCCUCUUCCCCACCCAUCUCCCCAAUAUUGCCCAUUAUUAAUUAACCUGUUUCUUUGGUUGGAACCCUGGCAGUUCUGCUCCCUUCCUAGGAUCUGCCCCUGCAUUGUAGCUUGCUUAACGGAGCACUUCUCCUUUUUCCAAAGGUCUACAUUCUAGGGUGUGGGCUGAGUUCUUCUGUAAAGAGAUGAACGCAAUGCCAAUAAAAUUGAACAAGAACAAUGA